CCUAACCGACCGUUUCCACAUAGGGAAAAUCGAAAAAAAACCCGUAAAAUCGCCGUAAAUCGCUUCGCAAAAAUGAAAAAAAUGAUAAGCCCAAGCGACCCUCGGAUAAAAGACUCCCUACGUGCCCCGCCAAAGAAACCGAAGCCCGAGGACCCGCAUAAAGUGAAAGUGCACGAAACCCCUCAGGCCAGUUCGGCCCUGUUUUUCCAAUACAACACCCAACUGGGUCCCCCGUAUCACAUCUUAAUCGACACGAAUUUCAUCAAUUUUUCGAUUAAAAACAAACUGGACAUCAUGCAGAAUAUGAUGGACUGUUUGUACGCGAAAUGCGUCCCUUAUAUUACGGACUGCGUGCUGGCCGAACUGGAGAAAUUGGGACAAAAGUAUAAAGUUGCAUUGAGGAUCAUUAAGGACCCGAGGUUCGAGAGGCUCCCCUGUUUACAUAAGGGGACCUACGCUGACGAUUGUUUAGUGCAAAGAGUGACUCAGCAUAAGUGUUAUAUAGUGGCGACAAACGAUAAGGAUUUAAAGAGGAGAAUAAGGAAAAUCCCGGGGGUGCCGAUCAUGUACAUUUCCCAGCACAGAUUCACCAUUGAGAGGAUGCCCGAUGCUUAUGGGGCACCAAAAACGUGAUUUUUCCAUAAAGACUGGUUUUGUGAUGUAUUUGCUUAAAGAAAAAGGAUUUUUAACUGAAAUAA